AUGAGACAUGAACGACUUGGAUCAACCGGAUCCCGGCAAAGAAUGGUCGCUAUUUCUGUAUGGCUCGUUCGACUAGCUGCCGACUCAGAUUUCAUGUCAACAUCGGAGCAGUACGAAUCACGCGCUGUUUGUUGGGCUUCAGGGCGACUCUGGGCUCGUCGCGUUUCCCCCUCAGGCUGUCAGAAAGAGAAAAAGUCUGGUAGCUCAUCUGCAUGCCCUGCAUGCAGGCAGCAUGUCCGGCGUAUCUUUGUUCUUCCACCCUUCCAUCCGCCUUUCUUUCGGAUCCAGUACUUUUUCGCCAAAUUUUCUUUUCUUUUUGAGUUGAUCGAUUUGCCCGUUUUCCCUCAAUCAAUCGGGGAAUGGGUGCCCAAGGGAUCUACUAGUUUGCAGGCCCAUCGCCUCUUACUAACUUUUCCAAAUCUCCAGCUGCCCCUCCUUCGUCUUUCCCCUCCCCACGGACUAAACGCAACUAAACUCUUUCGUCCCUUGUCACUUGCUUAG